AUGGAAACUGUAUGUCUGAUGUUUAUAGAGAAUACAGUUCUAAAAAAAAAUCCCGCUAUAAAGCCUUUAUGCAGAUACACGUUCGAUUGUACUCUAAAAGAAAGGAACAUUGCAUUCCAAACACCUAAAAAAGAUAAAUUUGAUACCUGUUGUUCUUAUGAAUCCAAAAACUUAGAUAUUCAGAUUUAUGAAGAACACAUUAGGAGAAAAGAACAGGCAAGAGACGAAAAAAAUAGGGACAAGGUUUUGGGAGCAAAGAAGGAAGCCAUCGUUUUAGCCCAAGAUAUGCAAGCUGUAAAAGUGUGUCCAUAUCUCAAUGGUUCAGCCCUUUAUUACAAGACAAAAUUAGUUUGUCAUAAUUUUACAGUGUUUGAUAUAAAUACCCAUCACUGCGUGUGUUACUGGUUUAAUGAAACUGAAGCCGAUCUGACCGCUAAUACUUUUGCUAGUUGCAUUGUCGAUUAUAUUUUACAGCUUAAAGACUUGUCCAAACCUGUAAUAAUAUGGAGUGAUGGAUGUACUUACCAAAAUAAAAAUGUUGUACUGUCGAAUGCCUUGCUUGGCCUUAGUGUGCAUAGAAAUACUACAAUUUACCAGAAAUAUCUUGAACGUGGACACACUCAAAUGGAAGUCCACGCUGCGAUAGAGAGAAAUUUGAAAAAAAGUCUAAUAUUUACCAAGCGACUACUUUAA